CCUUCAGUCGUGCGUCUCUGAACCGAACGAGAGACCAUCUCAUGGACAUCGUCCCUGAAGAGAACACCACCUGGAGGGGGCAGAACUACAACCUGCAGGGCUUCCUCCAGCACAGACUGGGGCGCUCCUCAGAGGCCCUCAGCCUCCUGCGCUCGGCCUCAGAGGCCCUCAGGGGCCCCGGGCUCCUGGUGAACUACAGCGACCUGGCCUGGCUGCACCACGAGAGGGGAGAGCACGAGCAGAGCCAGGAGUACCUGAGCAGAGUGGAGGUGCUCAGGAUAGAGUACCCCACAGAGGGGGAGCACCCCGAGGUGCUGGCGGAGAAGGCCUGGACCCUGACGAAGUUCGGGUGUCAGCAGAAGUUUGAGGCGGCGUUGGAGGCAGAGCCAGAGCGCGUGGAGUGGAGGAGCUCUCAGGUCAUCGCCCUCACGAGCGCCCAAAAACACGACCCCGACCCCCCGGACGCUCAGCUGCUGCAGAGGGUGCAGAGGGCCCACGAGGACGACCCGGAGAACCUGUACCUGCUGCACCUGAGCCUCAGGCAGCGCUGUGGGGACGAUGUGCUGGACGACGUCUCUGAGCUGGAGGACAGGAUCAUGGUCAGAGCCAACAGCAGCUUCAGUGGACUCAAGGCCGUGCUGCACAUUUACCGAAACAUCAACCACCCGAACGGCGCCAUCAAGUGGGCGGAGAAGGCGCUGGACAAUCACCCCGACAGCCGCUACGUCAAACGCUGCGUGUGGAGGGUCCUGUUCCGAAAAGAUGGAGCGUCACAGCGCCACCUGCUGGACAGAGCCAUAAGUCUGUAUGAGGAGGUGCUGGGUCUGUACCCAGACAUUCCUCUGGUCAAGGAGAUAGAUCUGGCAGAUCUUUACAGUAGGACCGAGAGAAGCAGAGCUGAGGAGAUGUACAAAAGACUCCUGCAGAGGAACAUGGAGCCUCCAGAGGCUCAGAUGCUCUACAACCGCUACGCCAAAUACUUAAAGUACACGUAGCAGGACGUCUACAAGGCCAUCAAAUACCAUAAGAAAGCU